AUGCGGCCCGGUGAGAGCUCAGAGGGCUCGCGCUCACCUCGCCGCGGAGGAUGCGUCGGAGCCCGCAGUAGCGGCACGGAACGCCGUCUGACGGGAGAAGGAGGAGGACGGCGACAGAUGAGCAUGACGGUCGGAGUGAUGACGGCGCGUCGUCUCCUGUGGAUCGUCGUCCUCGGCUCGCUCUGCACGCACGCGCAAGGUUUUAUCUACACUUGCGGCGGCACCCUGAAGGGCCGAAACGGCAGCAUCGAGUCACCGGGGUUCCCCUACGGCUACCCCAACGGGGCCAACUGCACCUGGGUCAUCGUGGGGGAGGAAGGUAGUCGCAUCCAGCUCAUCUUCUUGUCCUUUGCCAUCGAAGAGGAGUACGACUUUUUGUCCUUGUAUGACGGACACCCUCACCCGGCCAACUUCAGAACCAGACUAACUGGAUUCCAGAUGCCUCCUCCGGUCACAAGCACUGGGAAUGUUUUCUCUCUGAGACUGACGAGCGACUUUGCCGUCUCCGCACACGGCUUCAAGCUCACCUACGAAGAGCUUCACAGUACAUCCUGCGGGAACCCCGGCGUCCCCCCCAAAGCAGUGCUAAGCAGCGGCGGACGCUUCGCCGUGGGGGAAAGCGUGCGCUAUAGCUGCGUGUCCGGCUACGUACUGGACGGGCACGCCACGCUUACCUGCGUGCUCAAUGCCGGGAACACGGCCGUGUGGGACUUCCCCGCGCCCGUCUGUCGAGCUGAGGACACAUGUGGGGGCACUGUGCGGGGCGGCAGUGGGGUGGUGACCAGUCCCGGUUACCCCGGCAACUAUGGUAACCAGGCCGACUGUACUUGGAUCCUAUUGGCCGAACCCGGAGACACCAUCUCUGUCGUCUUUACAGACUUCCACACUGAGGAGAAGUAUGACUAUCUGGAGGUGGAAGGAUCUGAGCCCCCGACCAUCUGGUUGUCGGGAACCAAUGUGCCAUCGCCGAUUGUUAGUAAUAAAAACUGGCUUAGGCUACAUUUUGUCACCGAUAACAACCACCGAUACCGCGGUUUCAGCGCACACUAUCAAGUGAAGCGCUCAGUAGAUUUUAAGUCGCGGGGCGUUAAAUUGUUCCCUGGCAAAGACUCCGGCGGCAAGUUUUCAAUCUUAAAUGAAGGUGGCGUGCGACAGGCGUCCAAUUCCUGUCCCGACCCGGGUGAGCCAGAGAACGGAAAACGCCAUGGCAAUGACUUCAGCAUUGGAAGUGUGGUGCAGUUCAGCUGCGAUGAAGACUACGUCCUCCAAGGUAGCAAAAGCAUCAGCUGUCAGCGAGUGGCUGAAGUUUUUGCAGCAUGGAGUGACCACAGGCCCGUCUGCAAAGUCAAGACAUGCGGUAGUAAUCUCCAGGGACCGUCGGGGACCUUUACAUCACCCAACUUCCCCAUUCAGUAUGAGAGCAAUGCGCAGUGUGUUUGGAUAAUCACCGCAUCGAACCCGAAUAAGGUCAUUCAGAUUAACUUUGAGGAGUUUGAUUUGGAGAUCGCUUAUGACACGCUGACCAUCGGAGAUGGAGGAGAAGUGGGUGAUCCAACCACCAUCUUGCAGGUUCUGUCUGGCAGCUUUGUCCCCGACCUGAUUGUCAGCAUGACCCACCAGAUGUGGCUCCACUUGCAAUCUGAUGAGAGUGUUGGAUCCAUUGGUUUUAAGAUCAACUACAAAGAAAUCGACAAGGAGAGCUGCGGCGAUCCCGGGACGCCUCUCUACGGAAUCAGGGAAGGCGAAAGCUUCCUAAAUGGCGGCAUCCUGCGCUUUGAGUGCCAGUUUGGGUUCGAGCUGAUCGGCGAGAAAAGCAUCUCCUGCCAGGACAACAACCAGUGGUCGGCAAACAUCCCUAUAUGCAUUUUCCCUUGCAUGUCCAACUUCACAGCUCCCUCCGGAACAGUCCUCUCGCCCGACUACCCGGAAGGCUACGGCAACAACAUGAACUGCGUGUGGCUUAUCCAGUCCGAGCCGGGCUCGCGCAUCCACUUGGCAUUCAACGACUUCGACCUGGAGGCGCCUUAUGAUGCGCUCACGGUGAAAGACGGCGAGACGGGUGACGCUGCUGUCGUCGGCAGGUUCUCUGGCGCCGAGAGCCCUUCCCACCUUACGUCCAAUACCAACACGCUAAGGCUGGAGUUCCAGGCCGACCACUCCAUGUCGGGGAGAGGCUUUAACAUCACCUACAGUACAUUCGGCCACAACGAGUGCCCCGAUCCUGGCAUUCCAAUCAACGCCCGUCGCUUCGGAGACAGCUUCCAGCUGGGUAGCUCCAUCUCUGUGGUGUGCGAAGAUGGCUUCAUCAAAACCCAAGGAAGCGAGACCAUCUCAUGCCAGCUGGAGAGAGGAAAGGUCAUGUGGAGUGGGCCCAUCCCCAAAUGUGAAGCACCGUGCGGUGGACACUAUUCCGCCCCCAAUGGAGUGAUUCUGUCCCCGGGGUGGCCUGGUUACUACAAGGAUUCACUCAGCUGCGAAUGGGUGAUUGAAUCAGAACCAGGGCGAUCCAUUAAAGUCACCUUUGACAAAUUCCAGACAGAACUGGGUUACGACUUCCUGGAGAUCCACGACGGCCCCAACCUCUUGUCGCCGCUGGUGGGCUCCUUCAAUGGCACACAGGUGCCUCAGUUCCUGUUUAGUAGCACCAACUUCCUCUACCUGCUCUUCACCACUGACAACAGCCGUUCCAAUGCCGGCUUCAAGAUACUAUACGAGAGCGUGACAGUGGACAGCUACUCCUGCCUAGACCCCGGGAUCCCCGUCAACGGGAUCCGUUACGGUCACGACUUCUCAAUCGGGUCCACUGUGUCAUUUGGCUGCGAUUCAGGCUAUAGGCUGAGUCAUGAGGAGCCACUGGUGUGUGAAAAGAACCACUGGUGGAGCCAUGCUUUACCCACUUGCGACGCUCUCUGUGGCGGCGACGUCCGAGGUCCUUGGGGCACCAUUUUGAGUCCCGGCUAUCCUGAUAGCUACCCCUCAUCGCUCAACUGCACCUGGACCGUGGAAGUCAGUCACGGAAAAGGCGUCCAGUUUCAGUUCAACUCAUUCCACCUGGAAGACCAGCACGACUACCUCCUGGUCACGGAAAACGGAAGUUUCAUGCAACCCCUGGCUCGCCUGACCGGCAACGAGUUGCCUAGCAACAUCAACGCUGGUCUCUAUGGCAACUUCAAAGCCCAAUUACGAUUCAUCUCCGACUUCUCCAUUUCCUACGAAGGGUUCAACAUAACAUUCACGGAAUACACGCUGGAGCCAUGCGAGGAUCCAGGAAUGCCGCGCUUCGGCCGGAGAAACGGUUACAGCUUCGGCAUCGGCGACACGCUGUCUUUCUCCUGUAAUAUGGGUUACCGCCUUGAGGGGGCGCCUGAACUUAUCUGCUUGGGUGGAGGCCGCAGGAUGUGGAGUGCGCCGCUGCCGAGAUGCGUCGCUGAGUGUGGUUCCUCUGUCAUGAACAACGAAGGCAUCCUACUCUCUCCAAACUAUCCGAUGAACUACGACAACAACCACGAGUGCAUCUACAGCAUCCAGGUUCAAGCCGGGAAAGGCAUCAACAUCUCUGCGCGGACGUUCCACCUCGCCCAGGGAGACAUACUCAAGAUUCACGACGGCAAAGACAACACAGCCCACGUCCUGGGAGCGUUCACGGGCACGUCCAUGCUGGGCUUGACGCUCAUCUCCACUUCUAACCACCUCUGGCUGGAGUUUUACAGCGACACGGAAGCCACGGGGGAAGGGUUCAAACUGGUCUACUCCAGUUUUGAGUUGUCUCACUGCGAGGACCCGGGCGUGCCACAGUUUGGCUUCAAGGUCAACGACCAAGGACAUUUCUCCGGCAGCAGCAUCACUUACCGAUGCGAGCCCGGUUACACACUACACGGGGCCACCACGCUCAAGUGCAUGACGGGCGAGAGAAGAGCCUGGGAUAACCCUCUUCCUUCCUGUAUCGCUGAGUGCGGUGGACGUUUCAAGGGUGAAACCACGGGAAGAAUCCUUUCUCCAGGAUACCCGUUUCCCUAUGAUAAUAACCUGCGAUGCACCUGGACAAUUGAGGUGGACUCUGGAAACAUUGUUAGCUUACAAUUCCUGGCGUUUGACACCGAAGCUAGCCACGACAUGCUGCGGGUUUGGGAUGGACCGCCCACCAAUGAAAUGUCUCUGGCGGAACUCAGCGGGUCACUGUUACCCGAAGGCAUUCACUCCACUCUCAACACUGUCACUGUUCAAUUCGAGACGGACUUUUACAUCAGCAAGUCAGGAUUUGCCAUCCAGUUUUCCAGCUCGGUAGCAACUGCCUGCAGGGACCCAGGGGUGCCGAUGAACGGCACCCGUAGCGGCGACGGCCGGGAACCGGGGGAUUCGGUGUCUUUUCAGUGCGACCCGGGAUACGAGCUCCAGGGAGACGACAAGAUAACCUGCAUACAAGUCGACAACAGAUACUACUGGCAGCCCAGCCCACCUGUCUGCAUUGCUCCCUGUGGAGGCAACCUGACCGGCUCCAGUGGCUUCAUUCUGUCCCCAAACUUUCCACAUCCCUACCCGCACUCCAAGGACUGUGACUGGCUCAUCGCCGUCAAUCCCGAUUAUGUUCUGUCGCUCGCUUUCAUCAGUUUCAACAUUGAGCCAAACUACGACUUCCUCUACAUCUACGACGGUCCGGACAGCAACAGCCCUCUGAUCGGCAGUUUCCAAGACAGCAAACUACCGGAGAGGAUCGAGAGCAGUUCCAAUACCAUGCACUUGGCUUUCCGUAGUGACGGAUCUGUGUCUUACGCUGGCUUUCACCUGGAAUACAAAGCCAAGUUGAGGGAGUCAUGUUUUGACCCGGGAGUAGUCCUAAAUGGAACCAGACUGGGAUCAGACUAUAAAUUGGGCUCUACUGUAACCUUCUACUGUGAGGCUGGAUACGUUCUACAGGGUUACUCUACUCUAACCUGCAGUAUGGGCGAUGAUGGCAGACCUGGAUGGAAUAGGGCAUUGCCAAGUUGUCAGGCUCCCUGUGGAAGUCGCUCCACAGGAUCAGAGGGAACCGUUUUGUCACCAAACUUCCCUCGAAACUACACAAGUGGACAAACCUGCGUCUACUCCAUAGCUGUGCCUCGAGAGUUUGUCCUCUUCGGUCAGUUUGUGCUCUUCCAAACAUCUCUAAACGACGUGGUGGAGAUCUACGAUGGGCCCACUCAGCAGAGCACGCUGCUGUCAUCUCUCUCCGGGUCCCACUCUGGAGAGUCGCUACCGCUCAGUUCGGGCAAUCAGAUCACCGUUAAGUUUACGACAGUGGGAUCGGAAACGGCAAAAGGCUUCCAUUUUGUCUACCAAGCUGUGCCGCGGACGAGCUCGACACAGUGCAGCUCAGUUCCGGAGCCGCGUUUUGGCCACCGUUUGGGUAAUGACUUUGCGGUGGGUUCAUUGGUCCAGUUCGAGUGCAACCCCGGCUACGUCUUGCAUGGCUCCACCGCCAUUCGCUGCGAGAGCGUUCCCGACAACUUGGCGCAGUGGAAUGACAGCCUGCCCACUUGUGUCGUUCCCUGCGGGGGUGUGCUGAGUUCCCGUCACGGCACCAUCUUGUCGCCCGGCUACCCGGAACCAUACGAUAACAACCAGAAUUGCGUGUGGAAGGUGUCGGUCCCAGAAGGCGCAGGAAUCCAGGUUCAGGUCGUGAGUUUUGCUACCGAGCACAACUGGGACUCUUUGGAUUUCUAUGAUGGAGCAGAUAACCAUGCACCGAGGUUGGGCAGCUACUCAGGCACUACCAUCCCCCCACUGCUCAACAGCACGUCCAACAACCUCUAUCUCAGCUUCAGCUCAGACAUCAGCGUCUCUGCCGCUGGCUUUCACUUGGAAUAUACAGCGAUUGGUCUGGAGUCCUGUCCUGAGCCCCAGACACCAAACUACGGAAUAAGACAAGGGGAUCGUUUUAUGGUGGGCGACGUGGUGCAAUUCUCCUGCGAACAAGGAUACUCACUUCAGGGGAACGCACACAUAACCUGCAUGCCAGGACCUGUUCGCAGAUGGAACUACCCAGUGCCUCUUUGCCUUGCUCAGUGCGGUGGGGCCCUGACGGAUGUAAGCGGUGUGAUUCUAAGCCCUGGUUACCCUGGCAACUACCCCAGCGGAUUAGACUGCACUUGGACCGUCAACUUACCUGUCGGCUUCGGCAUCCAUCUGCAAUUUGUCAAUUUCUCCACGGAAGCCAUCCAUGACUACCUGGAGAUCCGUAGCGGUAGCCUGGAGACAGGCUCGGUCAUCGACCGCUUUAGUGGGCCGCUGGUUCCUAAAGCUUUGUUCAGCACCACCCACCAGACCAGCUUCUUUUUCCACAGCGACUACUCGCAGAACAAGCCUGGCUUUCACAUUACUUUUCAGGCCUACCAACUCCAGAGUUGCCCGGACCCUCGACCAUUCCGUAACGGCAUCGUGAUCGGCACUGAUUUCAGCGUCGGGAUGACUGUGUCCUUCGAGUGCCUUCCGGGCUACUCCUUGAUCGGUGAUGCUUCUUUGACGUGUUUGCACGGGAUCAGCCGUAACUGGAACCACCCGCUGCCUCGGUGUGAAGCUCUUUGUGGAGGAAACAUCACCUCACUAAAUGGAACUAUUUACUCUCCCGGUCACCCUGAGGAAUAUCCAAACUUUCAGGAUUGUGUGUGGAGCGUGAGGGUCCCACCUGGACAUGGGAUCUACAUCAACUUCACAGUACUUAGCACGGAGCCCAUAUAUGACUACAUCACUGUAUGGGACGGUCCGGACCAAUCGUCUCCUCAGAUCGGUCAAUUCAGCGGCAACACGGCUCUGGAGUCUGUCUACUCCACCUCCAACAUUAUUCUCAUCAAAUUCCACUCUGACUUCUCCGGAGCUGGGUUCUUUGUUUUGAGCUACCACGCCUACCAAUUAAGGGUCUGCCAGCCCCCUCCGGAGGUGCCCAACGCUGACAUGCUGAUGGAGGAUGGCGAGUUGGAGAUAGGUGACAUCAUCAGGUACAGGUGCCAUCCUGGAUUUUCAUUGGUCGGCAGUGACAUUCUCACCUGCCGCCUGGGAGAGCGGCUUCAGAUGGAUUCACCGCCUCCGACGUGCCAAGUCCAAUGCCCCGCUCACGACGUGCGAUACGACUCGUCGGGUGUCAUCCUGAGCCCCGGUUGGCCUGAGAGCUAUCCUAACCUGCAGAUGUGCUCGUGGAGCAUCAGUGUAGAGAAGGGCUACAACGUCACCAUCACAUUUGAAAGCUUUCACACAGAGAGGGAGUUUGACGUGUUGGAAAUAUUUGAUGGUCCAUCCGCCAACGACCCAACGUUGGCCACGUUAAGCGGCGACCUUCCAACGCCGUUCAACAUCACCACCUCAGGACACCAGUUUCUGGUGCGAUGGUCAUCAGACCACGGCACCAACAAGAGGGGCUUCAGAAUUCGCUAUGUUGGUGAGUACCAAACCCUGUACUGCUCCACGCCGGAUUCGCCGCUGCAUGGCUCCAUCUCGUCGCAGACCGGCGGCCAUGUCAACAGCGUGGUGCGCUGGGCAUGCGACCGUGGCUAUCGCCUGGUCGGUAACGCCACGGCUACCUGUCGUCGCAUGCCGCUCGGCCAUCACGCGUGGGACUCGCCGGUACCUGCGUGCCAAGCUGUCUCAUGCGGAGCCCCCAAGGCGCCGACAAACGGCGGGGUUUUAACAGCCGACUACUCGGUGGGAACGCGAGUCUCCUACUUCUGCAAUGACGGCUACAGGCUAUCCAGCAAAGAGCUGACGUCUGCCAUCUGCCAGCCCGACGGGACGUGGAGCAACCACAACAAGAUACCGCGGUGCUCAGUGGUUGUGUGCCCAAGCAUCGGUUCCUUCUCCUUGGAACACGGCCGCUGGAGGAUUGUGAACGGCUCGCACUACGAGUAUAGGACUCGAAUUGUGUUCACCUGCGACCCGGGUUACUACCGCUUAGGACCUGCUCACAUCCAAUGCCUUCCUAAUGGUGUGUGGAGCUGGAAGAAUGAGAGGCCGCAUUGUCAAAUCAUCUCCUGCGGCGAGUUACCGUCUCCGCCCAGCGGCAAGAAAAUUGGCACUCAGACGACCUUCGGGGCGACGGCCAUCUUCGCCUGUGACGCCGGCUUCAUGCUGGUGGGCUCAGCCGUCAGGGAGUGCCUGUCAUCCGGGCUGUGGAGCGGAACAGAGUCGCGCUGUUUCGCUGGUCACUGCGGCAUCCCAGAGGGCAUCAUCAAUGGCCAAGUGAUCGGAGAGAACUUCGGUUACCGUGACACAGUGGUGUACCAGUGCCUUCCCGGCUUCCGGCUGAUAGGCUCAUCGGUCCGGAUCUGUCUCCAGGACAACCAGUGGUCGGGGCAGCUUCCCAUCUGCAUACCCAUCAGUUGCGGCCACCCGGGCAGCCCAAUUUACGGCCGUACGGUGGGGAACGGCUUCAACCUAAAUGACGUGGUCAGCUUUGUGUGCAACCGGGGCUACGAGAUGGAGGGGCCGGCCCGUGCCCACUGCCAGGCCAACCGCCAGUGGAGCCACCCGCCCCCGACGUGUAAAGGUGGGGAGAAAAUGGUCAACUGCUCGGAUCCGGGCAUCCCAGCCAACUCCAUCCGCCAAAGCAAAAUCGAGCACGGCAACUUUACCUUUGGCACAGUGGUGUUCUACGACUGUAACCCGGGCUACUAUCUGUUUGGGUCGCCGGUGCUGAGCUGUCAGCCCACAGGGCAGUGGGACAAGCCGCUGCCUGAAUGUAUUGUUGUGGACUGCGGCCACCCCGGCUCGCCUCCGAACGGCGUGCUGAGCGGAGAUAAGUUUACGUUCGGUUCGACGGUACGAUACUCUUGCCUGGGGGGCCGGCAGCUUAAGGGGGAAUCGUCCAGGAUGUGUCAGCUCAACGGGAUGUGGAGCGCCCCUAUGCCCUUCUGCUCUGGUGACACGGCAGGUUCCUGCGGCGAUCCUGGCAUCCCAUCACACGGAUCAAGGGAGCAGACGGAUUUCCGCAUUCGCUCCAAGGUGCUCUUCAGCUGUACCGAGGGUUACGAACUGAUCGGUUCGGCUGAAAGGAUGUGCUUCCCCAAUGGGACGUGGUCUGGCACGCAGCCCUUCUGUAAACCUGUCCAGUGCGGUAAUCCCGGUACUCCCAGCAAUGGAAGAGUAUUCCGUCUGGACGGAACCACAUUCUCACACUCAGUCAUCUACUCCUGCAUGGAUGGCUACCUGCUUUUCGGCACCACCACCAGACUGUGUCAGGCCAAUGGGACCUGGUCGGGAGCACAGCCCAACUGUACUAUGAUAAACUGCGGCGAUCCGGGAGUUCCGGCCAAUGGCCUCCGUUACGGCGAAGAUUUCACCAUCGGCCAGAACGUGACCUUCCAGUGUCAACCCGGUUAUAGGAUGGAGGAGGACGGUUCGCCUGUUAGGAUGUGCACUCAAAAUGGCACGUGGAGUGGGAACAUGCCCAUAUGUGCAGCGGUGACGUGCCCGACUCCCCCUGCUGUUAGCAACGGGGUGUUGCAAGGAAGCGACUUCGAGUGGGGCAGCAGCGUUAGCUACAGCUGCUCUCCGGGCUAUGAGCUCUCCUUCCCGGCCGUGCUCACCUGCGUGGCCAACGGCAGCUGGAGCGGGAUGCUGCCGCAAUGCUUACCCAAGUUUUGCGGCGAUCCCGGCACACUGGUGGGCGGUUCUCGAGAGGGGCGGAGUUUUAUCUACCAAUCGGAAGUGACCUUCUCCUGUGCCCCGCCUCUAAUUCUGGUUGGCACGGCGACCAGGCUCUGCCAAAGUGAAGGAAGCUGGAGCGGCACCCAACCACGCUGUAUAGAGCCUACCAGGACGAGUUGCGACAACCCAGGAACGCCAAGAUACGGAUCCCUGAACCGCACCUUUGGGUUUAAGGUGGGCAGUGUCGUGUCCUUCCAGUGCCAGCCUGGUCAUCUGAUCCAAGGCUCCUCCUCCAGGACUUGCCAGCCAGACCUGAGAUGGAGCGGGACGCAACCGGAGUGUAUACCUCACGCUUGCAAGCAACCCGAGAGCGUGCUCCACGUGGACGUAGUGGGCAUGGACCUGGUGGGCUUUGGCUACACACUGGUUUAUAGCUGCCAGCCCGGCUACUUCCUGGCCGGAGGGUCCGAGCACAGGGUCUGCAAGAGUGACGGCACCUGGACUGGAAAAAUGCCCAUAUGUCGCGCUGGAGAAAAAAAGAAAGCCGCUAAACCAGCAAUGGGAACUCCGAGCCCCAAACUGAACGUUCCUGAUGAUGUAUUCGCCCCCAACUAUAUCUGGAAAGGCUCGUACAAUUACAGGGGCAGGAAGCAGCCCAUGACACUAAGCAUCACCAGCUUUAACGCCAGCACGGGCCGAGUCAACGUCACUCUGAACAACGGCAACAUGGAGCUGCUGCUAUCAGGUCUUUAUAAGACUUCUGAAGCACGUCUGCUGUUGCUGAUGUACCACGUCAACUACGUGCAGCAGGGAAAUCAACUCAAAGACUCUACUAUCUCUCCCGCCAAAAUCAUCGAAGACUCGUGGACCAUGGAUGGAUUUGUUUCGGCCGAACCUGAUGGUUCCAGUUACGUGUUCCAGGGUUUCAUUCAGGGAAAAGACUAUGGACAGUUUGGACUCCAGCGACUUGGUCUCAACAUGUCGGAGAGUCAGAAUUCGCAUCCACCUCAGCUGGGCACCAACAGCAGCUCGGUGGCCAUUGCAAUCCUGGUGCCUUUCUUCGCGCUCAUCUUUACAGGCUUCGGCUUUUAUCUCUACAAACAAAGGACCACACCCAAGACCCAGUACACGGGCUGCUCGGUCCACGAGAACAACAACGGGCAGGCCGCCUUCGAGAACCCCAUGUACAACACCAACGCCAAAGCGGUGGAGGGGAAGGCGGUCCGCUUCGAUCCGAAUCUCAACACGGUCUGCACUAUGGUCUGA